AUGCGGCCCCACUGCUGGGCGAUGGUAGCGCUGGCGGGCAUCAUGUCGUACCUCAGCCCGGAGAGAGCCCUCGGAGCUCCGCAGAGGGAAGGUGAGCGGAGCCGGAGGAGAGCAGGAGGAGGAGGAGGAGGAGGAGGAGGAGGAGGAGGAGGGAGAGGAAGGGGAGGAGGGGGGAGGGUUGAAAACAUGUCAGUGAUGCUGGGAGAAGGAGACGACACGGGGAUGGAGUCAGGGAUGAAAAGGCCUCCCCUCGCUGGGACCAGGGCUGCAUCCCUCUCUCCUCCACCCUACGUCGUCAUCAUCAUAUCUUGCUCGGGGCUCGUCUCCUUUGUUCUGCUGCUCCUCACCUGUCUGUGCUGUAAAAGAGGAGGAGUGGGGUUCAAUGAGUUUGACAACGCAGAUGGGGAGGAGUGCUCUGGGGGUUCCAGUCCCAUCCAGGAGGACAGCCUGUCAUCAUGUCCCUCCCUCCCCGAGGUGUACACCCUGCCUGUUAGAGACCGGACCAACUGCCCCGCCCUGCAGGAUGGAGCAGACUCCAAAUCUAAGGUCUUCAAAAGACACGCUUUGAAUUACCUUCAGGAGAUAGGGAAUGGCUGGUUUGGAAAAGUGAUCCUGGCUGAAGUGCUGUGUGACUCCAGCUCCUAUCAGGCUGUGGUCAAGGAGCUGCGUGUCAGCGCCAGCCCCCUGGAGCAGAGGAAGUUCCUGGCUGAAUCUGAGCCGUACAGGAGCUUAAAGCACCCCAACAUCCUUCAGUGUUUGGGCCAAUGCAGUGAGAACAUCCCGUUCCUUCUGGUUAUGGAGUUCUGUCAACUGGGUGACUUGAAGAGGUAUCUGAGAGCCCAGCGCAAGUCAGAUGGGAUGACUCCCGACCUGCCAACCAGGGACCUCCUGACUCUUCAGAGAAUGGCUUUUGAGAUCACCUCGGGCCUGCUGCAUCUACAUGAAAACAACUACAUCCACAGUGAUCUGGCUUUGAGAAACUGUCUGCUGACCUCAGACCUCACUGUUCGGAUAGGGGACUAUGGUCUCUCGCAUAAUCAUUACAAGGAGGACUAUUACCUAACUCCUGACAAGCUUUGGAUCCCACUGCGCUGGAUUUCUCCUGAGCUGCUGGAAGAGUACAGGGGAUCUAUCAUUGUUACUGAUCAAACCAAGACCAGCAACGUGUGGUCGUUGGGGGUGGUGAUAUGGGAGCUGUUUGAGUUUGGUUCUCAGCCCCACAGACACCUGAGUGAUGAAGAGGUGCUGACCUUUGUCAUCAGAGAGCGACAGAUCACUCUGGCCCAGCCAAGACUCAAACUCUCCCAUGCUGAUUACUGGUCAGUAUGAGAUCAUGCAGUCCUGCUGGCUACCGGCAUCACAGCGCCCCUCUGUAGCAGAAAUAUUCCUCCUCCUUUCUUCCCUUCUGGCUGCUGAGCGAGGGAUCGCAAGAGGAAGCGUCAGUGAAGAAGAUGAAGAGGAUGAGGAAUAUGAGGAGGGCAGGGGAAGGAGAGGGGAGAGCGAUGAGUCCUUUGAAAGACGUUGGGACCUACUUCGUCCACCUGCUUUUCAGGCUGCAGCAAACGAGCGGCGCAGGGACAGAGAGUACAGCAGGGAGGGCAGAGACAGCUCCUACCCCCUGCUGGACCCUGUGGGGAACUGUAUCACGCCCUCCUCGUCUGAACUGGAUGACAUCCUGACAGUUACGGAAACCAGCAAAGGCUUGAACUUUGAGUACUUCUGGGAGAAGGCCCAUGCCAGACGGGGUUACAAACCUCUUCCUCCUCCUCAGCCCAUCCCGACUGUGAAUAAUAACCACAGACAGUCUUUGGACACUCCCACGGUAGUGCCAGUGAUAAGCGCCCGCAGCCCCUCACUGGCCAGCGAGUACUACAUCAGACUAGAGGAGCACACGCCCCAAGACAAGUCGCCGACCCUCAAAGCGAAGUCACAAUUCACUUCCCGCUCCAACUCGGUUUGCCCAGGAGACGUGGAGCUUGUGGAGAUCCGCAGUGGAAUGCUGGGAAAAGAGCGAAUCCCUUAUUCUUCUGAUAAGAGCCUCCAGACAGUCCGAUCGAGUGAGGUCCAACUCCAGGUGCCCAACAUGGGUGUGGCUGAGUUUAGAGACACUUCAAGCAGAGUGACUGACUUCUCAGUGGUGGAUUUGGGGGAUGAUGAUGAGCUGGAGAAGAGGAAGAACAAUGAGGAGGAUAAAAGAUUCUCAUCAGCUUCUCAGGCUCCAGUCCUCCCUCCAAAGCCUCGCUCCAUGUCCAUGUCAUCAGCUAACCACCUGCACACGCGCCCACUCCCCGCCCCUCCACUCGGUUACAGAGGACUGCCUCACUACACCAUCGGUGGAAAAAUUGAAACAGAUCCCCAUCACAUGGGCACCUGCCCUUCAGCCUUCGAUCACCUGGCUCUCCAUCGGCCCCGACAGACUCUCCCACCUUCUCCGUCCCUGUCUCCCUCCAUCCCCCCAUCCAGACAUCCAAUUUACCCUCAACAUCCUCCACCUCUCCCGCCCCACUCCAAGCAUCAGCAAAAUGUCCCCAACUAUUGCACGGCUGAUGCUUUUUCCAGAUAUAGUAAGCCGCAGAUUCAGAGAGCCAACAGAGACCAGUUAACCUGUGACAUGUCUGACAGAGAGCGUGACCCCAGGAAUGUGGCGUCACUGCACACCUGCAAGGACACCUCUCAGUCCCGCACAAAAGACUUUGAGUCUCCGAUUCGUAGAGAAAACCCUUUGCGUCCUAUUUAUCGGAAUCUACCCCGCCCUCAGCCCACAGACCCCCAGAUUGACAGGCAGUCAUCAUCGAGUCCCACCUACUCCGAUGAGGACGACUCUCCUUUCAUGUCCCCAGAGAUACACAGCAGCAGGACAACUGUCACCCACUCCAGCCUAUCAGAAGACGCAGACCCAACCAGCACGGAGUUCUUCUCCAGGGGAAUGAAAAGGACUCAGUCGCGUCUCGACACAAUCCUGCCCGCUAUUUGGAAGGAAGACGCCGAACUGCAAGCCGAGCGUGUUGAUGCAGCCAAGAAGUCCCCCAUGCAUCUGUUUCUGACAGAGAUCUCAAGCGUGACAGAGUCAAGUGAGGCAAAGCCAGAGGCGUCAUGGGACAGGGAAAAGGAGAAGAGCAAGGAUGGGGAGAGAUGGGGGAACUUUGUGCUGCCGAGCAAAGGAAUGCGCCGGUCCCGGUCGCUGAUCACUGAGCUGGGCUCUGCUGGACACUCCUGGGGACAGGAGAGACACAUCAAGAGAGCUGAGGAAGACAGUCCAGUCGGCAGGGACUCAUUCGCAGGGGAGCUUUUCCUCACAGAGAUCGACACAGGGAGAAUGGACUUGGAUAUGGAUGGGCGUUCAGAAAGGGAUCCUGUAAAAUACCUCUAUCCUGCAGGGUCCAGGAUGCGGCCCUACGUCUGCACUCCAGGCCUCCCCUUAUACAUGGAGACUGAGGAGGCCUUCUCAAAAGGUAUGCGGAGAUCCCGGUCUCUGGUAUCUGAGAUCACUGUUGAGAAGAAAGAUUCUGAAGCAAAUUUGAAUGAGAAAACGCCAAGGAAGACUGAAAUGACCAGGGAAGAGUUCCUGAAAGAGAUCCAAUCAGCAGAAACCUUUCUGACUGAAAUUAUGUCGAGACAAAAUGCUACCACAAACAAGAAGGAACCAGAUUCGUCGUACUCGCCAACUCCUCUGUCCCCUGAAUAUGAGUCCAUAUGCAUUGACCCAAAUUCUGCCCAGACCAUCAGGUUCCAGUCAGAGAGCUCGAUACGAGCAUCCAACAAAGGCAAAGAUGAUGCACAAACUGAAGCAAUCUAUGCCCAAGUCACCAAGCGAGCAAAGAAAAGUGAAAUCAAAGUUUCCAUUAGACCUGAGAUUCCAAUUCUUCACAUAGGAUCCAAUAAAAAGACGCUUGCGCCAGACAGCAAAGGAAACAAUGCCUCGCACUGCCAAUCUGGUGAGUUCAUGUUUUCAGAGAUAAUGCCCAAAAAUGGUUUAUUACACAACCAAACUCUUGAAUGUGAAAAAGAGGAGGAGAGUUCAGAUGGCCCUGCCUUACCUGCCAGAGGGGAGCAGACAGAUUUGUCAGAGCUCUCCGUCUCUGAAUCCACUGAGAGUGGGACAGAGCCCAACACUGUGAUACUGCGUGAUAACAAAUCAUUCAUUACAAACGCAUCUGAGAAGGCCGAUGUUAUAGGGAACGGUGUGAUAAUACAAAACAUGCAGGAUCGAAGCCCCGACAGCAGACUUCCAAUACAAGAAAAGUCAGAAAAGACAUCAUGUAACCCUGAGAAAACAGUUGAUUUGAAGGACCCUGAGAAUAGAUUUGCAGACAGAAGUGAAGAAAAUUCCUCUCAAAACAUCGACAAGGACCAAGAAAAGCGCUGUCACACCCAAGAUGAACCCAUUCCUGCAGCCACUCCAACCACUCCAGAGUGGGACCCGUCUUCUGAUGCCUCCCUCAUCACUCCUGAUUCAGCCCUGUCACCUUUAACUUCCAGCUCAGCAGACUGCCUCACGCCCAGUGACUCAUGGACAGGAGGAGGAGUGGGAAGCGGUGGGUGGCGGGCUCUGGGAAACGAAACGCCACAUCGAGACUCCGCCUAUUUCUCAGACAGCGACUGGGAAGGCGACGGGAUGAACAGAAGGAGUAGCGAAGGGCUUAUUGCCUCCAGGCCGAGCAGCAGUCGAGGGGGUGAACGGGGAAUUCUGACCGGGAUAGAGGAGAAAACCGAGGAAGAGGCAGAGAUGGGAGAAAAGAGCCCAAAGCAAAAUAGUUUGUCAGAGAAAAGAACUGAAAUUGGAGAAGAGGGGGUGAUUGAAAAUUGGGGAAAGAAUGACGUGAAGUAUCAAAACACUCCUGAAAAGGACAUCUCUCAUUCAGACAAUGACAAAGAUAUUUUAAACAAAGGGCUGAAGUCUGUACAGAGAGACGAUUCAGGUAUCUUUCACAACGAGAGUAAAAGUUCAGAACUGCUGUGCAGUGCUCCAGAUGUCAAGGGCUGUGUUGACUUAAUUGAUAAGCUGUUUUCCAAAUUAGAUGAUGAGCCACUUAAAGGGCUCUCCCACAACAGUGGCUUCGUCAUAGACAGCCACUACACCGAUGGCAUCAUUUCUAAGAUGACAGAGAGCAAAAAACAGAACUCUGAAGACUUAAAUCUACAUUCCAAGGGCCCAGCUGAAACAAGUAGUUUGAUCACGUUCUCAUCUGCAAACCAGUCACAGGAUUACAGGUUCACGCCGAGCAGCAAAGAUUAUGCAAACGUUGCAGAGACAGAUCGUGAUCUUGCUUCAGUGACAUCCCAGAAAUAUGUCAAGCCAUCUCAAGAUGACAACACAGAGUUCAGAUUGCCUGAAACACGUGACAUUCAAGCUGGUGAUGAAACCCAGUCAAAAGGCGACGGGGCGCCUUCGGAUGAGCAAUCGGGCGGCCUGACCUGUCUGUGGGCCGAGCAGGGCGCUGAGGAGCCUGAAAAAUGUGAGGAGAGGGUCGGUCUGGAUCAGAACGAGCUGGGUCUGAGACACCUUCACUCCUCGGACGGCAGAGAGGAUGAGAGGGGCAGGAUGGAGGCCGAGGCGCACCCAGCUCCUGCAGAGCUGAGAAACGCCCCGAAGGAAAAGCCUCCCCUGAGAGGAGGAGCAGCUCCAAACAGCUCGGCUGAAAAUGCGGAUGAGGAGUCCUGUGAGAGGGUGGAUGUGAUGACCGAAGACUUACUGAGUGCUCUGGAGGAGGAUGAGGAAAGGCCGCGAUGCGGCGUGGUCAGGGGCGAGCUCGACUGUCACCGCUUGACGUUUUCAAAUGACCUGCGCCUGUGGCCUGAUGAAAAUGACCAGUGGGCAUCCCCAGAGAAGAGGAGCCAGGAAGCCGAGCUGAGAUGUGAAUUUUUCUCUGGGUUCGGCAAACAGGGGUGGGAGGUGGGGGAGAGGCUCAUUGUGGGUCCGGAGUACUGGGAAACUGAGGAAAACGAUGAACUGGCAGGAAGUGAACCUCACCCUGCUGCCCAGAAGGGCUGUGAUGAAACCUGGACCAAUGAGGCACAAGAACAAAGUGGCCACCAGAUGUGGGACUCAGAAGCUAAAGAUAACCAGCAGACUUCUGAACAAAUACAACAGGAGGAAAACAUUGAAAUCCUGGAAGAAAUUGACAAUUUUAGGAACACUGAACAGAGGGGAACAUCAGAUAUGGAAGUAGAGAAUGUGGAAAUCCCUGGUGAAGAGACCAUGGUGGAAGGAACGAAGAUGAUUUCCUCAUGCACAGAAGCAGCCAUGGACAUAGGGGGUCUGACAGAGACAGAGGAGAAUCAAAAUUUUAACAGCUGGCCCCAGAAUCAACACUGCAGUAUCCACAGAGAGGAGCCAACAUCAACUCCACAGGCUGACAAAGAUGUGGAGUCUAAUAUUGAGAGUAACCUUUGCCACGCAUUAAUGAAUGAAAAAACAAACAUAUCUGUCUGCAUCGUUGAGGCUCCAGCUGUUAACUUCUCCGAGCAGGAAAAUGAUGAUUCAAGCUUCAGUUCAGACGCUAACAUGCGUCCGUGGCUCCCCAAGCAGUGCACAGAUGAAAGAAUAAGCAUGACAGAAAUUGGGGAGGAUCAAAGAGACGUGCUGCUUUCAUCCAAUCACAGCGACGGAAAAGCACAGGAGGAGAUGGAUCAGUCAUACCCCGAAGCUGACAAUUUCAGCUCGGUAGACUUUCCAAGUCCUCCACCGAGUAUAGACCUUGACAUGCAAGAUGAUAAACUGGAGAGUCUGGACGACUCUUUUCCGAGCCCACCUCCGUCUGUUUUAGAGUCAGAGGACUUUAUUAGUCACAUUAAUCCAGAAGACUUUAUUGCCAGUACUGAGACAGAGUUGUAUAUUUACCCGAAUAACACCACAGCUGUCUCAGAGCCACAUCUGGAAGAAUUACCACCUACUCCAACUCAGAAUAAAGGGAUUUCAGCCAAUCUGAGCUUCCCUUCUGUGCAAAUAACGCUAACUGAUGAGUUGGACAUUGUGUCCAACAUAGAAGAUGACAAUGAUCAUGAAAAUGUUUCUGGCAAAACAUCGACCACAGUGCCCUCUGCACCUCAGGAGGCCCUGACCAACAUCCCUGAAUUGCUGAUUUCUGAGUGGAAAGAUUUGGAUGAGGAGCCGCUGGAGGAUUUUGAAAAGCUGGAACAACUGUGCUGCAUUUCUGGGGACGAGGAGGAAACUCUGGGGGAGCUUUUCAUGGGGAACUUAGAGUUUCUGGAGUCCUUGAAGAAAACCUCUGAUCAGAGGGGUUUCAGCACUGAUGGGGGUGAUGCAGGUGAAGACAUAGGUGACUCCUCAUGUCCUGAGGGCAGCAAGAUGGACCUGAAGGAGGCCUGGGCCUCUGACAGCUCUGAUGAGUUGGUGAAAUCUGAAAAAACUCAUAUCAUAGAAUCUCAAGGCAAUUUGUCUUCAUCGGAGGAGAGAAGAAAUGACAGACAGAGACAAGCCGGCCAGACAUCUGAUGCCAAGGACAAAGGAACUCUGUCCAAGAUGACAACUAAAAAUGGCCUCAUGAUGCAGGUGUGUGAGGAAAGGCUGCAGUUCUCCCUCAGUGAAAAUGUCAAAACAAACGUGCUCUGGGGGUCGGCUGUGAAAGACACUGUCACCCUCCGGCCGUGGGGGGAACAAGUCGCAGAGGGCAGCAGCGAGCUGGUCCCCACGAAAGAUGGAAGAGAGGAUGAGAGUCAAGAAGAGCAGGAAGCUUCAUCCAGUGACCAGACGCUCACAGAGAUUAACCAAACUGAAUCUGAGCCCUUCACUGUGAUUGAACAACCUGAGAUCACAGCGUCUCAGCCCACAGCAAACCUAGCAAUGAAAGCCAAGCUAGCUCGCCUUUCUCUUGUCCUUCCUCCUCUUGCUAUGACGCUUCCUCUAACCCCAAGCGGCAAAGGAGGAUUUGGGGAUGGGUCCAUCGGUAAUCGUAUCGGAAGACGGAGAGGCCUGUCUUCAGGGACCGACCCAGAUGAGGAGGAAGAGGAGGAGCCGGAGGAUGAAAGCUCCCGCAGGGUGAUUGUCGUCACGGAGACAGAUGUGGACAAACGUGUUGGACUGAGGAGUCUACUGAAAUCACCCAAGGAGCCACUGGACAGAGAGAGGGACAGAGGGAGAAAUGUGUCCUUUUUUGAUGAUGUCACAAUCUAUCUUUUUGAUCAGGAAACUCCAACGAAUGAGUUGGGCUCUUCAGCUUCUACAGGUCCAGCCUCAGUAUCUGUCAAAAGCAGCAAGUUGGACUUGCAUGGACCAAACAAAAACAAAGAAUCAAAAAGAAAAGAGGAUUUAUCAAUCAAACCAAGGUCAGCUGUGGGAGCCAGUUCAGUGACUUCAUCACGAUUCACUGUCAGUCCUGCCAACGACCCCCACUUGGUGUGAUGUUAUUUGCCAACAUGGGAACCUUUGAAGCUGAAGCCUCUUGGACUGGCCAGAGAAUUCGUCCAACAACCAGCCAUUCACCCAGAGGAUAUUUUUUUACCGAAAAGGCAACUGUAGGAAUGAGACUCCGGUUCUAAAACCUGGACACAUUCCAGGUUUUACCAGGGGAAGGAUUUUGUACGAAAGGGUUGCUGAGCUCCUGCCUGCCACUGUUUACAGAGUUUAUUUGUAGCCGUUGGCUGCAAAAGUCCUUGGAAAAAGGCAGCGUUUGCUGGGAGAAGAGGAACCUGGAGCUUUGUAAAAUCUGAGACAGAUUUGAUAGCUAUGCAGUGGGAGUCUUGCUGUGUACCAGCUUACCUUUGCUUUUUUCUGCUUCAUGCUGUGGUAUUAUUCCCCCAGGUGCAUGGGGAAUUCUCUUUCUUUAGUCAUACAUCUGUCUGUGUAUAUGCUUGGAUUCCAGUCCAGUCUUUAUUCAAGACGUUUUCCAUUGCAGUCAGUUGUUCUUGUAGGCAGCAGUUUAAAACAGAAAUUUCUUGACUCCUGUAUUUGAGAAUAUUCCUUAGCAUUUGUACAAAUAUCCUAAUACAAGUGUAUACAAUAUAAUUUUAGGGCUUUUUCUUUUAGAUGUAUUCUUAGACUGCACGAAAACUUAAGCAAACUUUUUCUUUAUACUUCAAGUUUUUUUUUUCUAUUAAUUUCUGAAUUGUAUUAUUCUAUUUACUUAUGUAAAUUAUAUAUUUAUUUGAUUCAUUGCAAUUACCAUAUAUGAGCUCAGCUGUCAUUUGUUUGGGACAGAAUGCAUCUAAGUUAAGUUAUUUUCUGUAAGAUCUUC